GUUUUAGACACAAUUUUUUUUCGAUGACUAUCUCAUCUACGUCUGCCGCCGCCACCACUUCGGCCUCCGGCAACACCGCCGCGAUGGAACCUGCAUCCGAAGCUCCGGUUUUGAGCGCGGCAAAACAGGUUGUCCCUCCUUCAGUGCCACUGCAGUCCGAACUCGUCCACCCUGACGUUUCGAUCUUGCCGCUACAAUCUACAUGGGUCCCACCGCUGUUCACUUGCACGCCGACCCCACCUUUGAUCCAGCCGCUUCCUCUGUUCUCCGGGGACUCUCACGGUGAGUCUAGCAGCGCCGCCGCCGGCCGUGCGCGCUUCGGCAGUUCCACCCAUGGCGCACACAAUUUGAAUCCUUUUUGGUUGCGAAUGGUCUCUUGGGCAUCAUUAAUGGAUCUUCUCCGGCUCCUCCGCUUUAUACCUAUGAUUUAUAUCAGGCUCCUACAAUGAAUCCUGAAUAUUAUCAUUGGUUGAAGUUUGAUCAAAUUGUUCGGGCUUGGUUGUUUGCUACGUUAUCUCGAGAAGUAUUGAUGGAAGUUCAUACUCUUAAAAAUUCCAGUGCUAUUUGGCAAAAAUUGAAACAUAUGUUAUCUCAUACAAAAAAGAAGGCUAAUCAAUCAAUGGAAGAGUAUGUUCGUGGCAUUUAGACGAUUGCGGACAAUCUGGCUUCG